AUGCCAGGAGUUCCCUCUAAUAAGGCAUGCGAGCGGUGUAAGAAGAGACAUCUGAAGUGUGAUGAGACGCGUCCCCAGUGCCAGCGGUGUGUCACUGCCGGCGUGGAAUGUCCAGGCUAUGUCCAGACACGCAAGUUCAUUGAUCAAGGUGCUACAGUGAGGCGUAGGUAUGCUCCAUAUCAAGAGAGUCAUGCAAAGCCAAGCAUAUCAGCAGCCAGUAUUGGCCAGGUAGAUGAGCACCCGCCUAGUGUGGUACAGAACGAAGGCCAACUGUCAGUCAGCCAGGACAGGCCAGGUGAAGCUCCAUCUGAUAGUGGGAAUGUGGGCACUACAUUCAGCUUCCAGCUGGAACCGUCAAGAACAGACUUUGGGACCGACAUCCCAAUGGCUGAGGUGACCAGCUCUGCAAUUCAGCCGGGUAUCGCAGCUGGUGCGACUCCCUCGGGUACCCAAAUUAUCCCAGGGUCCCAAUAUGGCCCAGACAUCAAUCGGAUUGCUGGGAGCUCGACAAGAAGCCCCCUGCAAAACGCCGAAGUGUCAGGCAAUGCAAUCAUGGGGCUUACUCCAACCCUUGAAAAAAGUUAUAAUAUUCCGCCUCCUGACCGUCAUUAUUAUGGGAGACAAUUUACUUCAGAGAGUCCGUCUCAACGAAGCGAGAAAGAAGAAUUCCAGGACAUUUUCUCCGAACUAAUGACAGGCACAGAGCAUGAGAUAGCCUUUCUUACCCGUCAUUUCGCAGAAGUGUUGGGUCCCUGGCUGGAUUUAUCCGACGCUGGAAAAUUCUUCUCGGUUUACGUCCCGAUCCGGGCUCUCAAUUGUCAAUCUCUGAAAUACGCCAUCGCAGCUUCGGCAGCCAAACAACUUGGACGAGUGAAAGGGUCCAAAUCAUGCACUGGGCGAGGCACGUUUACCAGUCCUGCGACGACCGAGACAUAUCCAAAUGCUGAGCAAGUGGACUGGUUUCUCAAGGCGGCCAACUACUACUAUCUUUCAGUGUCGGAUCUGACCACAUCCACUUCCGAUGGCUAUUCCGUUGUAUCUACAUCGGCUGUUCUCGACUCGCCUAUUGACUUGGUCGGGCGGUGGCUGAACACACAGUCUGUCCAGAACCUUGAUGACGGAGCACUUUUGCGGAAGACCGAGGAGACUUUGGCAACGGUAACCAUUCUGACAUUAUAUAAGUUGUUGGACGCGAAAGGAGAGGAGUGGCACAUGUACCUCACAGGUAUUCGCCAAGUCUUCAAUUCACUCCUUCAAAUGAAGCAGAAGAACUCGACCUUCUUCUCUCACGGCAUCCGAGCAUGUUUCUGGAAUUUCUCUCGCCAGGAUUAUCUUGGGUCAUACUACAUCCGUUCGCCUACACAUUUUGAUCCUACAAAUUUGCCUCUUUGGCGCGCAGCGGGGAUAUCAAUCGACGAGCUAGAGAAAUUCCACAUCAUCGCAAGCGGGUCGAUUGAUUUAUCUCAGGAAGACCAAACAUCCAAUGGGCUAUGCUGGCUUGUUUCCAAGGUCGUCAAUUUCCUCGCUAAGUCCAAACAAUCCCAGAUUGCCCAGUGGACGGGUUCUCCACCGGAAACUUCAUCCGGCCCACAAGAUACGCCCACCAGUUCCAGUCAACAAACGUCCUAUCCUGACACAAACGUCUGGUUAGACCUGUGCUUUGAAUUUCAAACUUGGUUCGAGGGUGUCCCGGAGACAAUUCGCCCAUGUGUGCGGAUUGAGCACCCCAGAGAUGUGUCGAAGCCACCAGACGGCAGCCAAAUCCCUUUCCCCGAGGUUUUCCACAGCUUACCAACAUGCGCGGCUGCUAUGCAGCACUACCACUUUGGGAGAAUUGCAUUAUUGUUGAACCGCCCGCAGGACGUUAUAAGUGGACCAAGCACCGCUUUCGACCGUCUCCAAGGCUAUCGAGAAGUCACCAAAGAAGUCGAGUACCGCAGCCGAGAAGUGUGUGGUAUUGCCUUAGGGCGGCCGCAUAGCGAAGUGCGGAUCUAUAUGAUACCACUCUUGUUUGCUGUGGGCCAAUGUUUGGAAAGUGCGAACGAGCGCCAGAUUAUUGUGGACCUUUUGCGAGGCGUCGAGGCAGAUCUGGGUUGGGCUACGGAAUACGCAGUGGAGAAACUCCACUCUUCAUGGAAUCGAUGA